AUGCUAAGGAUUUAUUCAAGAGUAAGGCUCAUAGCGCCUCUGCGUUACAUUCACUCUUCGCUGAGAGUCUUAAAUGUCAGUGUUCAAUCAAAGAAUAAGGAAAAAGAUCUACAACUUGAGGCGAAAAAGAAGCUAAAAAGGGCACAAGCAGUGAAACUGAAGAACAAGCAACCCCCAGAAAUAGAUCCUCUCUACAUGGAAAUACCAGUGGCUAUGAAAUAUUUGCGUGCAGCUGAAGUAGGUCAGCCUGCCAAAAAGACUACUGUCAGCAUUUUGAUGAGCGUCAUUCCAGACAAAGGGUCAAAGCCUUUGGCAGGGUCUAUUGCUUUCCCAAGGCCACUCAAAGAUAGUCUGGUAAUGGUUCUUAGUGAAAAUGAAAGCGUUUUGAAUAGAGCUAAAGAAAUGGGUGCAGCUCUUUUUGGAGGACAAGAUCUCAUCGACUCAAUCAAGGAUGGAAACACAAAACUCGACCAUAUCACUCACUGUUUUGCUACUCCAGGGAUUGUAAAAGAAUUAAAACCUGUUGCAAGGAUAUUGGGUGUUAGAGGAAUCAUGCCAACGGCUAGAAGAGGUACCGUAUCUGACGAUGUCGAAUCAUUGAUCAGUGGAAGUAUUGGCUCUAUAAACUUCAAACAAAAAGAUAGGCACUUGUCCAUUCCUAUUGGAAGAUGUGAUUUCAGCGACAAAGAGAUUUUAGAGAAUUUAAAAGCAGCUUCGGAUGCUAUAUACGGUAGCCAACCACCUGGAACCAAGAGACCAAAUUUAAUUGGUAGAACGUUUUUAUCAUCUACUAUUGGGCCAUCGAUCUUGAUUAAUUUCAAAAACUGA